UACGAUUUGGUGUGCUAUGCAUUGAUAAAAUAAGUGUAUUAGAAUAAUACAAUAGUAAUACAAUAGUUUCCAGUGUGUUUGUGUGGAUCAUUGGCAUAGUGCUGUCUAAUGGUCUUGUGGUUCAGUUGUGUUGUCCUCUCUGUAGGCAUUCGAGAGUACUUUUAGAUACUGUGGUUUGUUUGCCCCCCUCUUAAAUAACUCCCAGCAGUUACCAUUGUUAUUCUGCAAAUGGUACAAACCACAGUCUUGGCUUCUAUGUGACUCUGGCCAGUGAAAAAGAGUGGCAUUCCAGACCAAAAAAGCAAGCCGAAUCGAAUUUUGCCCCCAAUCUUUCGCCUAUUUUUAUUUCCAUAUUUGGAAAUGUUUACCUCCUCAUGACUCCACAGUGCAGCAGGAAGAAGCACUGUGAGUCAUUUUACCAGCAUAAGGGCCUGGCGUUGGGUCCUCCUUACUGAGGGCUUCUCUAGUCCAUAGACACAUGGGAUGCUGUCUGUGAUCUUCUGGUAAUUUGUUUCUGCUCCUGAAAAAUAAUCAGAUUUCUUGACUCCAGAAAGAUGUGGGGUGACCAUAAUGAUGGUGACCAGCAAGGUCAUGUGAGUGCACGAAUGGAGACCAGCUUACCCAUGGGUACCACCAGUAUUUCUGUAUCACAGCAACAGGCUCCUAAGAAGUUUGCUCCUGUUGUGGCUCCCAAGCCCAAGUUCAACCCCUAUAAACAACCCGGAGAUGCAACACAUGAGGGAGCUGGAGACUAUCCCCUACCUCCUCCACCUGUCACUGACACCAGCAGACUCACGUCUCCAUCCAGCUUCCCACCUCCCCCACCAAUGGAUGAGGCCUCCCUCGGCUUUCAGAUAAAAGGUCCUGAGAAAACUCUAGAAGAGAGACGUUCUAGUCUGGAUGCUGAGAUCGACUCUCUGACCAGCAUCCUGGCCGACCUAGAGAACAGCUCACCAUACAAACCGCGCACGCCGCAGGUACAGUCAUCUCACACACACUCCCAAACCACCUCCAACCACAUUACAUUAAAAACAUUCUGAAAGCUUCACCCAUUUAGAAAUGGUUGCAUUUAAUGUAAUAUAGCAUUAAAUGUAUACAAAUGCUCAGUAAACAUUAAAGUAAUAUUGAGUAGCUUACAUUUUAAAG